AUGGGCAUAAAGUCUAUUGUUUUGAAUGAAAAACUUACCAACCUAGUGGUCGAUGGUAACCUUUCAGUACUACGAACCACAGCAGCAGAACAACUUCUACCAGAAUUGAUACUGCACCUUACACAAACUAUUCCAGACGAAAUAUUUGAUACAAAUGAAGAUAUUUUGGAACUGAAGGCGCGGCUCGCAAAAGCGGGCAAAUAUUUGGAUUCACAUUUCGUCAAGGCCAAGAAAUAUCCAUUUACCAUGCAGCGACUUUGCGAGCUGAGUUACCAUCCUUUAAAAUACUUCCAUCGACAUGAACUCCAGAAAUUUGUUGCCGCCCUUGAGAAGUGUUGUUUCGUGUUUAGCUUCUGGGAAGCCGACGACGGCACGGAACUGGAUGAGAACGACGACACUGGCGAGGUAGCGCUCUCUAAGAUAGGCUGGCUGGAUACCAGGGAGGAAAAAAGGAUAGCGCCUUUUCUAAGAGAAGUGGAAUCCAUAAUAAGCACAAAUUUUGGUUACGGAAACGAUGAAGGUGACGAAGAUGGGUCCCGUGGGAAUGACCGACAGGAAUUCUACGACUACGGUGAACAAGACGACGACGAUGACGAUGAUGACCAGGACUACGUAGAUGACGACGGUGACCCUGAAGAUGAAGCCGAUGGAGUGGAGAUGGACGACGAAAGCACUACAAGCGAAGACGAAGAAGAAAGCGAUACGCAAGAUGGACUCCGGAAGCGGAAGCCUCAGGAACUCGAUGAUUACGACUAUGAAAAUAGUGCAGAGACCACAGGUGACGCUACUCCCAAGAAACUGAGAAUUGGAGCGGAGUUAGAGAUUCAAGGUACAAUAGCAGGAUCUCCAGGUAACAGAAACAGAUCCGAAUUAGCGAGUGUGAGUUUAGAGCAACAGAUAUCUGUAUUAAUAUCACCGAAGGGCCAAAAAAUUAAGAAUACGGAUAACGACGAGGAUCGAAAUACAGUUCACGCUACAACCGAUGAAUGA